AUGUCCGGAGUCAACCAUGUGGGCAAGGAUGGAGCUGUUGAUGCUUCUGACUUCACCUUUGACCAGCCAUGCCGGGGCCUCAAUGACGAAUUCGUCACCGUCUUGGGCGCCGACUGGUUUCUCCUCUUUAUGGCCCCCGAGGUGCACCAUACGAGCGCCGUCAAAGCUCUGCGCUGUUUC